GAUGCCCUCUGCAGCUUCUCUGCUCCAGUCCUGAAAUGUCGUAUUCAGUUAUUUUAAUAGCUUGUUGUUCAUUACCAUAUACCAUGCAUUCUACUAGAUUAUUUACAUAAAAUUAAUUUCAACAAUUGGUAAUGAUAGAGAGUAUUCCCAUUUUAUAAUGAGGAAAUUGGGGCAUAGAGAAAUAAUAUACCCAAAAUUCCAUAGUUAAUGGCAGAUCCAUAGGUCUGUCUGGCUCCAAAGUCCAUGUUCUUAACUGUUUUUUUUCCGGUCCGUUUUUCAACCACUCUCGCCCUCAAGAGUUCUACUCCUGAACUCAAGGCCGCAGGAAACCUCACUGCUACUUUGGGGUUUCAGCUGAAAUUCAGCAGGCUUCCGGAUUGCUAGCAUGUGUAACAGCUUGGGUCUUCCGGGCAGCCGGAACCACCGGCACCGCUGCUCGUGCUGUGUGGGGUGUACCUCUUCGGAGUUCCUGGGGGUGGGGCCAGAUAAGAGUGGCAGCUGCGGCAACCAAUAGGCGGGGAUAUUUUCGGGCCGGAAGCCAAUGAAAAUCUGUAGAGAGAAAACCUUCAUCUGUGGAGGGAGUGUAGGCAGCGGUCUGAAGGAACAUGGGGUUGUUUCAGACGUGGCUGCGGCUCCGGCUCCCGGAGUUACAUGCCUGCGGGCUGCGCACGGUGCACGAGGCAGCUGUGCCGACCCCUCCACACUGGUUGUUAGAGCGGCUUGGUCUUUUUGAGGAGCUAUGGGCUGCUCAGGUAAAGAGGUCAGCAAGCAAGGCACAGGAGGAACAGCGGACUAUUAAAGUGUCUCUUCCUGGAGGCCAGAAGGUGGAUGCUGUGGCAUGGAACACGACCCCUUACCAACUAGCCGGGCAGAUCAGUUCAGCACUGGCAGAUACUGCAGUGGUAGCUGAAGUGAACGGAGAACCUUACGAUCUGGAUCGACCCUUGGAGACAGAUUCCAGCAUCAGAUUUCUGACAUUUGAUUCCCCAGAGGGGAAGGCGGUGUUCUGGCACUCCAGCGCUCAUGUCCUGGGGGCCGCAGCUGAACAACUCCUAGGCGCUGUCCUCUGUCGAGGUCCAAGUACAGAGUGUGGUUUCUACCAUGAUUUCUUCCUGGGAAAGGAGCGGACUGUACAGGGCUCAGAGCUGCCGGUUCUGGAGCGGAUUUGCCGGGAACUUGCAGCUGCUGCUCAGCCCUUCCGGCGGCUAGAGGCUUCCCGGGGUCAGCUUCGCCAGCUCUUCAAGGAUAACCCCUUUAAGCUUCGUCUGAUUGAGGAGAAAGUGACAGGUCCCACAGCAACAGUUUAUGGGUGUGGUACAUCGGUUGAUCUCUGCCGGGGCCCCCACCUUCGGCACACUGGACAGAUUGGAGGCCUGAAGCUGCUGACGAACUCCUCUUCUCUGUGGAGGUCGUCAGGGGCCCCGGAGACACUGCAGCGUGUGUCAGGGAUUUCCUUCCCCUCGGCCGAGGGACUGUGGGCCUGGGCAGCAUGGAGGGAAGAGGCAGAGUUGCGGGACCACCGGCGCAUCGGGAAGGAGCAGGAGCUCUUCUUCUUCCACGAGCUGAGCCCCGGGAGCUGCUUCUUCCUGCCUCGAGGGACGAGGGUGUACCACGCACUGAUGGCUUUUAUCAGGGCUGAGUACACCCGCCGUGGUUUCUCAGAAGUCAAAACCCCAAUGCUGUUUUCUACGAAGCUCUGGGAACAGUCAGGACACUGGGAGCAUUAUAGGGAGGACAUGUUUGCCCUGCAGCCCCCCGGCCCUGACAGACCUGCCAGCUCCCCGAGUGACCACCCCACACUUGCCCUCAAGCCCAUGAACUGCCCUGCACACUGCCUGAUGUUCGCCCACCGGCCCAGAUCGUGGCGGGAGCUGCCCUUGCGGCUGGCGGACUUCGGGGCCCUGCACCGUGCCGAGGCCUCUGGUGGUCUGGGGGGACUGACUCGGCUGCGAUGCUUCCAGCAGGAUGACGCCCACAUCUUCUGCGCCCCGGAUCAGCUGGAAGCAGAGAUCCGAGGCUGCCUCGAUUUCCUCCGCUCUGUCUAUUCCGUCCUCGGCUUCUCCUUCCGCCUGGCACUGUCCACCCGGCCGCCUGGCUUCCUAGGGGAAUCUCGCCUUUGGGACCAGGCUGAGCACGUCCUUCAACAGGCCCUGAAAGCAUUUGGAGAACCCUGGGACCUCAGGCCUGGAGAUGGUGCCUUCUAUGGGCCUAAGAUUGAUGUGCACCUCCAGGAUGCGCUGGGUCGGCCCCAUCAGUGUGGGACAAUCCAGCUGGACUUCCAGCUGCCCCUGCGAUUUGGCCUCCGGUACAGAGGGCAGGCCGGGGCCCUGGAGCGGCCCGUCCUCAUUCACCGAGCAGUACUAGGCUCCGUGGAAAGAAUGCUGGCGGUGCUGGCGGAAAGCUGCGGGGGCAAAUGGCCGCUGUGGCUGUCCCCAUUUCAGGUGGUGGUCAUCCCUGUGGGGCCUGAGCAGGAGGGAUAUGCUCGGGAGGUACAACAGAGCCUACAGGCUGCAGGACUGGUAGGCGACCUGGAUGCUGACUCUGGACUGAGCCUCAGCCGCAGAGUCCGCCGGGCCCAGCUUGCCCACUACAACUUUCAGUUUGUGGUUGGCCAGAAAGAGCAAAGUAGGAGAACGGUGAACAUCCGGACUCGAGAUAACCGUCGGCUUGGGGAGCGCAGCUUGACUGAAGCAGUGGGGCGGCUGCUGGAGCUGCAGAACACCAGGGUCUCGAACGCUGAAGAAAUGCUCUGAGACUUUGUGCGCAGACGAGGUCCCCAGGAGGCCCGCAGAGCCUCCCAGCUCCCCGCCUCAGUUCUCUUUUGAACUGAGACUUGGUGUGGCAACCCUAGAGAGGAGGGAGGGAAGCUGUAGCUGUUUGAAUAUGAAGAGAGUGAAACUAAAAAUAAUAAAUUUUAA